CAUUUCGUAAACAUCGUCGGAGUGGUAAUAAUGUGAAUGAAGUGUGUUUUUCGAAUGAUGAUGACACUGUGUGGAAAAAGGUUUUAGAAAAAAAAAAAUAUUUUUUUUCCUACGAAAGUUUUGUGAAUCGUAAAAUUAUCGAAAUUUUUGUGGUCCAAUUAAUUAAUAAAAAUGACUAGUGAUAACACCAGUGAUUCAAUAGUCGCGGAGUCAAUGCAAGCGAAUAUGUAAAUAUGCGUUCGUCAAAAAAUAAAGUAAAUUAUCAAUGUAAUUCGAAUCAAUUUUCAUAAUUAACGUAAAAACGAGGACAAAAUAUAACAAUAAAGCUCCAACGAAUAUCACAAACGUACUACUAAAUACAGUUCCUAAAUUGAGAGAGAGAGAGAGAGAGAGAGAGAGAAACGGAAGAGAAGAGUAAAGAGUAAAGGCUAAAGAAAUUUAAAGAAUAAAAUGGAAUCGGCUCAACAAAACAUACCACCUGGAUCAGAGGUUCGAGUGGUCAGUGCAUCUGUAAUCGCACAUUUGCAGGCUCAAGGAUUGCAGGGAAAUGAGCUGAACGCAGCCAUUAUGGCCGCAUCACAGCCACAAGUACAAACCGCCACUAGCCAGCAACAACAGACACAGCAACAACAAGCUCAACAGCAGGUACAACAGCAACAGCAGCAGCAGCAACAGCAGCAGCAACAACAACAACAACAGGCCCAGCAACAGCAGCAGUCUCAACAACAACCACAGAUCAUCACAUUGCAAAAUUUCUUGCCACAACAGUUGCAAACUAUCAAAAUGGAAGGAAUGCAAGAUGGUCAACAAGUUCAAAUGGUAGCUAAUUCUCAGCAGGGAACACCGAUAAAAGCUCAGUUUGCACCGAUGCAACCACAAGUUAUAAAUUUGCAAAACUUACAAGGAAUGCCACAACAGUUUAUUCAGGGUGGACAAAUAUUACAGCAUGCUGGCAAUGGAAUGUUUUCGGUGGUGCAGCCAAUGCAAUCCGUUACCGUUGAUGGUCAAGAAGCAAUUUUCAUUCCGAAUAUGGGAGGUCAACAAAUCGGCGGCCAAGGCAUUCAGAUUGGAAAUCAGCCCACGUUCAUAACACCAAAUGGUCAAAUUAUUCGCGCACCGAGCGGUGUUAUGCCAGCGAAUAUUCUCCAAAAUAUUGGCCAAACUGUGCAGCUACCAACAGCUUGUGGAGGACAGGCCACACUAACCAUACCCGGCACGAAUAUAACAAUCCCACUGACAAAUGCAUUGUCGACAAACGCUUUGGGUAAUAAUGUUUCUCAAGCGGCAACGUCACAAGUGUCAACAUUAAAUCAAACUGCCCAACAACAACAAACGCAGCAAACAAAUCAACAGGCGCAGCAGCAGCAGCAGCAACAACAAACCAAUCAACAACAAAGUCAAACGCAACAACAAUCUCAGCAAUCUCAGCAACAGUUAACGACAAUUCCGGGCACAAACAUUCAGAUACCGACAUCGGUAGCGGCAGCAAAUGGUAUCAUUUCGGGAAAUAAUAUUAAACUGGACGGCACAGGACAAAACGUACAAGUGCGACCCGGAGGCAUACCGCAAGUGGUCCAAUUUCCCGCUAUGCAACAGACAAUACCGGUACAGGUUCCAAUUUCGACGGGAAAUGGUCAGACUAUUUACCAAACGAUUCACGUACCACUGUCAACAUUAGCUGCACAAAUGCCUGGCCUGGUACCACAAAUGCAAUUUUUCCCGCAAAUGACUCAAGUGGCCAACAUAAUUACGCCCAAUGGGCAAAUUCAACAAGUUCUUGCUCCAAUGCAAGGCAUUCAGGGUAUUCACGGACUACAAGGCCUACAAAGUCUGCAAGGCAUUCAAGGACUACAGGGCCUGCAAGCUGCCCAGCAGGUGCAGCAACCGCAAAAUGUUGUCGUUCAACAAGCACAAAAUUUGGGUCAGGUGAACGCAAGUUCAUCGAAUUCAAUGAUUCAACCAAUUCAAACAGCCAAUGUUCAGACGAUGGCUGGUCAAGAACCCCAACAACCAAUUACAAUCACAAAUCAACAAGGUCAACAGAUUACAGUAAUUCCGGCUCAUCAAAUAAAUCAAAUUCGUCCACCGGUUGCGACGUCAACUGCAGCAAAUAUUAUUCAAGUGCCUAGCAUGCCCGGAAUCCAUCAGUUUCCAAUACAAAACAUUCCGGGAUUGGGUAAUGUGCAAAUUCUUAACAAAUGGGUUGAAUUAUACAAUGAUCGGCCAAUCAGUUAUCCCUCCAAUCCCUCUGACUCCAAUCAACUUAUAGCUAGAGAACAGUUCGAUAAAAUAGCUCAUCAAUUCCAGGUCAUCCCAGCUAGCGCUUUCAACAACAACAGCCUCAACAUACAACAUAUACAACCAGCAGCAGCAACGACCACCACAACUGCAACGCCAAUUUCAAAAUUCGAGCAACAACAGCAAUCCCAACAACAAUCAACGCAGCAACAACAAUCAGUACAGCAACAACAGCAGCAGCAACAACAGCAACAACAGUCAGCACAGCAGCCACAACAAAGUCACCAAGCGCUCACCAUAAAGUCUGAAAAACACGAACCGAACGAAAAAUGGAUUACAAUGUCCAAUACAUCAAUGGCCCCGCCAUUAUCACCGGGAAUGUCUCCAACGAAUACACCGAUCGGUCAAAAUCAGAUCAAUGUUAACAUCAAUGUCAAUGACGGAAUGGAUAUAAAACCUCGCUUGAAACGAGUCGCAUGCACGUGUCCCAAUUGUACAGAAGGUGAACGACACGCCGAUAGAAAGCGACAGCACAUCUGUCACAUUCCAGGUUGUAAUAAGGUCUAUGGAAAGACGUCGCAUUUGCGAGCCCACUUAAGAUGGCAUACGGGUGAACGUCCGUUCGUGUGCUCGUGGCUGUUUUGUAAUAAACGAUUCACACGAUCCGAUGAAUUACAACGGCACCGACGAACGCAUACCGGCGAGAAACGGUUUCAGUGUCCGGAGUGCAACAAGAAAUUCAUGAGAAGCGAUCAUCUUUCCAAGCACAUUCGAACGCACAGCAAACAGAAGAAUCCUCUAAAAGCCGAGGAUGAAGAAAACGAUCUGGAACUACGCGACACAAAUGGCAAAACCGAUGCCAAAACCGAUGACAUGGCAUCUGAAUCGACAGCGAUGCCAGAGAAUGGAUCCGAAAUUGUAAUGACUGUGGUCUCGAAAUCCGAAAACGAAUCGCCUACGCCGGCAAAUCAUCAACAAGUGUUUUGGAUACAGUCCGGUUCACAUCCGCCACCGACAUCGUUGUAUACCAUCAAACAACUGAAUUAUUCACAGGAGGCAGCCACGUCGACACUAUCGGCAUCGUCAGACAGCAACGAUAGCUCCGAUGAAAAAAUGAUGAUCACAAUUGCAGCUGAAGAACAGGACCUGGGGGAUAACUCCAACUAGCAUAUGGAGUUGUCCCUGCAGCAGUAUGCUUCUAUAGGAAGUAGACUGUCGUUCGGACAGUUUUAAUUUAAUUUUUAUUUUUUGUUCGGUUAAUUUUAUCUUUUAGCUAUGCUUUAAUGAUCGUUGGCUUCACAAAAACUGGAUUGUUUUGUGAAACCGAUUUUGAUUUCCUGACACAUAACAUUCAGUCUGUAUGGAAGUAUGGAGCGAAUUAUAUGCCGAUGAUACCAU